AUGGUGCGCCCCAAGGCCAGGGGCGGCCGGCAGCAGUCCAAUGCGGCAGGCAGGAAGCGCAAGCAGCGAGACGAGUUUUUCGACGAAGAGGAUGAGGCAGACUUCUUCGUUCAGAGCGGCGAGGAGGGGGCCGGCAGCGAGAGCGAGGAUGAGGAGUCUGAGCAGGAGGAGACGGCAGAGGAGAAGCGCCUGCGGCUAGCCAAGGCUUACUUGGACCAAGUCAAGGCGAUAGAGGCGGCGGAGAGGGAGCCCGGCAGCGAGUCGGAGGACGAGGAGGGCGGCGACGGCGGCGGCAGCGCAGCACACGACGCGGUCGCGGGCCGCCUGCGCGACGACGCGCUGGAGGGCAUGGGCCACCUGCAGCGCAGGCUGGCCCACCGGCUGGCGCUGCCGCCGCUGCCGCGGGUGGCAGACUACGGAGGCGCCGCCGCCUGCGGCGGCCGCCUGCUGCGGGGCCACCGCCUGUCGGUCACGGCGGUCGCGCUGACCGCCGACGAGCGCACCGUGUUUUCGGUCAGCAAGGACGGCGCCAUUUUGGAGCACGACGUGGAGAGCGGCGCGCGGCAGCGGUUUGUGGCCUCGUCAGCCGCGGGGCUGGGCCGCGUGGAGCAGACGGGCACCGAGGCAGACUGGGUGAAGCGCGGGCCGCGGCAGAGCGGCGCCGCCUCGCUGCUGGCGGCCGCCGUCAGCGGGGACGGGCGCUACCUGGCUGUGGGGGGCGGCGACCGCAAGGUGCACGUCUGGGACGCACGCAGCCGGCAGUACGUGCGGGGCUUCCCAGGGCACAAGGACGCGGUGACGUGCCUGGCGUUCCGGGAGGGCACGCACGAGCUGUACAGCGGCUCUCUGGACAGAUCCAUCAAGCUGUGGAGCCUGGACGACAUGGCAUAUGUGGACACGCUGUUUGGGCACCAGGCGGAGGUGCUGAGCGUGGAUGCGCUGCGGGCGGAACGAUGCGUCUCCUGCGGCGCCGACCGCACGUGCCGCGUGUGGAAGAUUCCCGAGGAGAGCCAGCUGAUCUUCCGGGGCCACUGCCUGACGAUCGAGUGCUGCCGCUACAUCGCCGGCGGCGCGUGGGCCACGGGCGCGGCAGACGGCAGCCUGUCGCUGUGGAGCGGCACCAAGAAGAAGCCGAUGUUCACGAUGAGGCGCGACGGCGAGGAGGCGGAGGGGGCGGGCAGCGUGGGCGGCGACGCCGCCACAUGGGUCGGCAGCGUGGGCGUGUGCCGCGGCAGCGACCUACUGGCCAGCGGCGCGGGCGACGGCGUGGUGCGGCUGUGGCGGGUGGCCGACGCCAAGGGCGGCAGCAGCAAGGCGCUGGAGGCGGUGGGGGGCGUGCCGGUGCGCGGCUUUGUCAACUCCCUGGCGCUAGGGCGCAGCGGGCGGGUGCUGGUGGCGGGGGUGGGGCAGGAGCCGCGCAUGGGGCGCUGGCUGCGGGACGCGGCAGCCCGCAACGGCGUGCUCAUACAGCCGCUGCAGCUGGAUCCAGAGGGCGGCGACUGA